AUGGCCUCCCCAGACACCAAGGACUGGCUCAUCUGCACGGCUUGCGGCACCCAGUAUCCCACCGCAGACCGCCAGCAACAGUCACGAUGCUUCAUAUGCGACGACCCCAGGCAGUUCACCCCGCCCUCGGGCCAGAGCUUCACCACGCUGGGCAGCAUGGUCUCGUCCCUCGCGGCCUACAAGAAUGUCUUCCGCCGCUACGACAAGGACGACCGCCUGACCUUCAUCUACACCACCCCAAAGUUCGCAAUCGGCCAGCGCUGCGUCCUCAUCAGGACACCCGCCGGCAAUAUCCUCUGGGACUGCAUUACCCUCCUGGAUGCGGCUACCAUCGAUGAGAUCAACAAACUAGGCGGGCUCAAGGCCAUCGUCAUCUCCCACCCGCAUUACUACUCCACCCACCUCCAGUGGGCCCGUGCCUUCAACUGCAGCGUCUACCUCGCCGCCGAGGACAAGCAGUGGCUGGCCCUGACGGACCCCUCGCGCCAGAUCUUCCUGGAACCUGGCACUACGGAGCAGCAGGUCACGGUCUCGGGCAAGGAUACCGGCGCCAUCGCCCUCAAGCUGGGCGGCCACUUCCCCGGCAGCCUGGUGCUGCUCUUCGACAGGCACCUCCUCGUCGCCGACACCCUCCUGACCACGCCGUCAGGCAUCGGCAGCUGGGAGACGGACGCCGUCGGUAACAGGCGCGAGGGCCACCUGGGCCGGCCAGAGGGCGCGAACUCGUUUGCCUUCAUGUGGAGCAUCCCCAACUUCAUCCCCCUGUCGCCGGACGAGAUCUCAGGAAUGUGGGAUGUCCUGGGCAAACAUGAUUUCCGAAGCACGCACGGCGCUUUCAUGGGGCAGGAUAUCGAGGACGACAAUAUCAAGGGGAGGGUGCUGGAGUCUGCGAAGAUUCAAAUUCGUAGGAUGGGUUGGACGGACCAUGCUUUCUUGUCUGUAUCCGAAUAG